AUGAAAAGCCAGGGUUCAGCCCUCAAAAAUCUGGAAAUGCAAUUAAGUAAACUGGCAACUCUUGUGUCAGAAAAGAUUCAAGGUCCCUUGCCAAGCAAUACGGAGAAAAAUCCAAAGGAGCACCUUAAGGCCAUCGCCUUACGGUCAGGUAAGGAGCUUGAUGAACCAUAUGCAGACAAGUCAGAACAACAGGUAAACAAGGGUAAGAAUGUUGAAAUACCCUCUGAACUAUCUGAAGAGAAAGAAGUCAAGAAAAAAGAAGAAAAUAAUAUUGAAAAAUUGACUCCUUUCCCUGUGACAAUUCCUUUUCCACAAAAACUGAAAAGAGAAAAUCUUGAUAAUCAAUUUUCAAAGUUUUUGGAGAUUUUAAAACAAAUCCACAUUAAUAUUCCUUUCACUGAUGCUUUGUUGCAAAUGCCUUCUUAUGCCAAAUUCUUAAAAGAAUUUUUGUCAAGUAAAAGGAAAUUGGAAGAAGUUUCUGUGGUGGUGCUUACUGAAAAAUGCAGUGCUAUACUUCAAAAUAAGCUACCACAAAAACUUGGUGAUCCAGGUAGUUUUACAUUCCAUGCACUUUGUGAUUCUGGAGCUUCAAUUAACUUGAUACCAUUUUCUAUCUUUAGAAAAUUAAAUCUUGGUAAAAUGAAAGACAUAGGUGUUUCUCUUCAGUUUGCAGAUCAAAGUACUAAGAAACCUAAGUGA